UUUGAAGAUGUGGCUAUGGAUUUCAGCUGGGAGGAGUGGCAGGACCUGGACAUUGCUCAGAGGACCCUGUAUAGAGAUGUAAUGCUGGAGACCUACAGCAACUUGUUGUCCUUGGGGCACUGUGUUUCUAAACCCAAGUUGAUUAUCAAGCUGGAGGAAAGUGCAGAAACAUGGAUGGGAGAAGCCUCAGGCAAGAAUUUCCAAGGUGAGAGACCUUAUAUAUGUAACAAAUGUGGAAAAUCUUUCAGGUUGAGGACAAUUUUAAAUGCACAUAAUAGAAUUCACACAGGUGGGAAACCAUACAAAUGUAACCAAUGUGGGAAGUCCUUCACCUGGAAAACUCAACUCAGUAUUCAUCAGGUAACUCAUACAGGAGAGAAACCUUAUAAAUGUAACACAUGUGAAACGUGUUUCAUGUGGAAAGUGCCACUACUAAUGCAUCAGAGAACUCAUACAGGAGAGAAACCUUAUAAACAUAACACAUGUGGAAAGUCAUUUCCCCAGAAAUCACACAUCAGUGUUCAUGAGAGAACAAAUUCAGGAGAGAAACCUUAUAAAUGUGAGACAUGUGGAAGGACUUUUGCCCGGAAGUCAUACCUAAGUGAUCAUGAGAGAACACAUACAGGAGUGAAACCUUAUAAAUGUAACACAUGUGGAAAGUAUUUCGCCUCAAAAUCAAUGCUUAGUGUUCAUGAGAGAACACAUACAGGAGAGAAAUCGUAUAAAUGUAACACAUGUGGAAAGUCUUUUGCCAGGAAAACACACCUUCGUGUUCAUGAGAGAACUCAUACAGGAGAGAAACCUUAUAAAUGUAACACAUGUGGAAAGUAUUUUGCCUCAAAAACAAUGCUUAGUGUUCAUGAGAGAACACAUACAGGAGACAAACCUUAUAAAUGUAACACAUGUGGAAAGUCUUUUACCCAAAAAUCAAGCGUUACUGUUCAUGAGAGAACACAUACAGGAGAAAAACCUUAUAAAUGUAACACAUGUGGAAAGUCUUUUACCCAGAAAUCACACCUAAAUCUUCAUGAGACAACACAUACAGGAGUGAAACCUUAUAAAUGUAACACAUGUGGAAAGUAUUUUGCCUCAAAAUCAACGCUUAGUGUUCAUGAGACAACACAUACAGGAGAGAAAUCUUAUAAAUGUAACACAUGUGGAAAGUCUUUUGCCAGGAAAACACAACUUUGUGUUCAUGAGAGAACUCAUACAGGAGAGAAACCUUAUAAAUGUAACAAAUGUGGAAAGUAUUUUGCCUCAAAAACAAUGCUUAGUGUUCAUGAGAGAACCCAUACAGGAGAGAAACCUUAUAAAUGUAACACAUGUGGAAAGUCUUUUACCCAGAAAUCACACCUAAGUCUUCAUGAGACAACACAUACAGGAGUGAAACCUUAUAAAUGUAACACAUGUGGAAAGUAUUUUACCAAGAAAUCAAAAGUUACUGUUCAUGAGAGAACACAUACAGGAGACAAACCUUAUAAGUGUAACACAUGUGGAAAGUCUUUUACCCAGAAAUCAAGCAUUACUGUUCAUGAGAGAACACAUACAGGAGAAAAACCUUAUAAAUGUAACACAUGUGGAAAGUCUUUUACCCAGAAAUCACACCUAAAUCUUCAUGAGACAACACAUACAGGAGUGAAACCUUAUAAAUGUAACACAUGUGGAAAGUAUUUUGCCUCAAAAUCAACGCUUAGUGUUCAUGAGACAACACAUACAGGAGAGAAAUCUUAUAAAUGUAACACAUGUGGAAAGUCUUUUGCCAGGAAAACACACCUUCGUGUUCAUGAGAGAACUCAUACAGGAGAGAAACCUAAUAAAUGUAACACUUGUGGAAAGUAUUUUGCCUCAAAAACAAUGCUUAGUGUUCAUGAGAGAACACAUACAGGAGAAAAACCUUAUAAAUGUAACACAUGUGGAAAGUCUUUUACCCAGAAAUCACACCUAAGUCUUCAUGAGACAACACAUACAGGAGUGAAACCUUAUAAAUGUAACACAUGUGGAAAGUAUUUUACCAAGAAAUCAAAAGUUACUGUUCAUGAGAGAACACAUACAGGAGACAAACCUUAUAAAUGUAACACAUGUGGAAAGUCUUUUACCCAGAAAUCAAGCGUUACUGUUCAUGAGAGAACACAUACAGGAGAAAAACCUUAUAAAUGUAACACAUGUGGAAAGUCUUUUACCCAGAAAUCACACCUAAGUCUUCAUGAGACAACACAUACAGGAGUGAAACCUUAUAAAUGUAACACAUGUGGAAAGUAUUUUGCCUCAAAAUCAACGCUUAGCGUUCAUGAGACAACACAUACAGGAGAGAAAUCUUAUAAAUGUAACACAUGUGGAAAGUCUUUUGCCAGGAAAACACACCUUCUUGUUCAUGAGAGAACUCAUACAGGAGUGAAACCUUAUAAAUGUAACACAUGUGGAAAGUAUUUUGCCUCAGAAUCAACGCUUAGUGUUCCUGAGACAACACAUACAGGAGAGAAAUCUUAUAAAUGUAACACAUGUGGAAAAUCUUUUACCCAGAAAUCAAGCAUUACUGUUCACGAGAGAACCCAUACAUGAGAGAAACCUUACAAAUGUUACACAAUUGGAAUGUAUUUCACCCAGUAG